AUGCUUCUGGACGCCGGACCCCAGUAUCCCGCCAUCGGGGUGACUACCUUCGGAACGUCUCGCCACCACUCCGCAGGCGAUGUGACGGACAGAGAGGUGGGCUUGGGCAUCAACCCCUUCGCCGACGGCAUGGGAGCCUUUAAAAUUAACCCCAGCACCCACGAGCUGGCCUCGGCCGGCCAGACCGCCUUCACCUCGCAGGCUCCUGGCUACGCGGCGGCGGCCGCCCUGGGCCACCACCACCAUCCGACCCAUGUCAGCUCGUACUCGAGUGCCGCUUUCAACUCGACCCGGGACUUUCUGUUCCGCAACCGGGGUUUCGGCGAGGCGGCCGCCAGCGCACAGCACAGCCUCUUCGCGUCGGCCGCGGCGGGAGGCUUUGCCGGGCCCCACGGGCACACCGACGCCGCGGGCCACCUUCUCUUCCCCGGGCUGCACGAGCAGGCGGCUGGCCACGCUUCCCCCAAUGUGGUGAACGGGCAGAUGCGCCUGGGCUUCUCUGGGGACAUGUAUGGGCGGCCUGAUCAGUACGGCCAGGUCACCAGCCCGCGCUCGGAGCACUACGCUUCCACCCAGCUACACGGCUACGGGCACAUGAACAUGAACAUGGCUGCCCACCACGGGGCGGGGGCCUUUUUUCGCUACAUGCGGCAGCCCAUCAAACAGGAACUUAUCUGUAAGUGGAUUGAGCCCGAGCAGUUGUCCAACCCCAAAAAGUCCUGCAACAAAACUUUCAGCACCAUGCACGAGUUGGUAACUCAUGUCACGGUGGAGCACGUUGGCGGCCCGGAGCAGUCCAAUCACAUCUGCUUCUGGGAAGAGUGUCCGAGAGAGGGGAAACCUUUCAAAGCCAAAUACAAACUUGUAAACCACAUCCGAGUGCACACGGGGGAAAAGCCCUUCCCCUGCCCCUUUCCUGGCUGCGGGAAAGUAUUUGCCCGAUCAGAGAAUUUAAAGAUUCACAAAAGAACUCACACAGGUGAAAAACCAUUUAAGUGUGAAUUCGAAGGCUGUGACAGACGAUUUGCAAAUAGCAGCGACCGCAAAAAGCACAUGCAUGUGCAUACUUCUGAUAAACCUUAUCUCUGCAAAAUGUGUGAUAAGUCCUACACCCAUCCGAGCUCACUCAGAAAACACAUGAAGGUCCACGAAUCCUCUUCCCAGGGAUCGCAGCCUUCUCCAGCAGCCAGUUCAGGUUACGAAUCUUCUACCCCACCCACCAUCGUGUCUCCUUCCACUGAAAACCAGACCACGAGCUCCCUUUCUCCGUCCUCUUCAGCAGUCCACCACACGUCUGGCCACAGCACGCUCUCGUCAAAUUUUAACGAAUGGUACGUUUAAAAACAAAACAGAAAAAAAAUGCAAAAACAAAACCCUAUUUAAAAGACUCCACAAAAAUUAACGAACACUGCGAAUCAAAACAGAAUCCCACAUACAAGCCCCUAUAAUCUUAAUUUUUUAAAAAGCUGCCAGUAGACCCAGGAGCACAUACAAUGAAGAGUCAAACUUUUUUUUUUUAAUUUAAUUGUGUUUCUGGGCAAUGGCUUGGUAGAUAAGGGGUAGGAGAAAGCAAGAGAGGAGGUUGCCUGACCAAAUGUCAACUCUGUAGGGCUGAUGAUUCCAGGUCUGAAUUUGAUGGGGCUUUUAGUACAUCGGCCUUUUUUCUUCUGUAAAUACAGAAUU